AAAAUCAAAGAUAUAUAUCGUCUUCUUCUAUCCAUCGAUCUUAAUCAUUUUGGCAACAAUACAAGAAACUAUCAAACAAAUAUCAUCUUUCGCCCUAUCUAAGUUACAUCACUUGGUUUACUUCUUCUCUCUUUGCUAACAAAUUAAAGUACUUCACUAUAAUAUGGAUAUAUUCCACAAAGCCAAGGUAGUAAGAUUCAAGAGCCAUCUUGACAAGUACCUAGUAGCCGAUGAUGAUCAAGAAACCACCCGCCAGAGCCGCUCUUCGACUAGUCGAAAAUCGUGGUGGCUAGUUGAGUUUGUUGAUGAAAACAGCCACCUUAUACGACUCAAAAAUUGUCAUAGUGGCAAAUACCUUAUGGCUUCUGAUGAGCCAUUUUUACUAGGCAUGACGGGUAAUAAAGUCGUACAAAAUUUGCCUGACAACUAUGCGAAAGAUUACUUGAAUUCUAUCGAAUGGGAACCAAUACGGGAUGGAUUUCAAGUGAAGUUAAAGGCAUUUGGUGGUACAUUUUUACGUGCUAAUGGAGGUAUGCCACCGUGGAGGAAUUCUGUUACACAUGAUAGUCCUGCUUCUACACAUAAUUGGAUUUUGUGGGACGUGGAAACUGUUGAUGUAUCGAUGGUUUCGAGUAUUUCCGAUGGAUUUUCCGGCUUGGAAAUUGGAUCUCCGGCCAUGUCAACACGUUCAAGCUUGUCUUCUUCACCAAGAAUAGUUGUGACCAAGAAACCAGAACAUAUGGACCUAUUUUACAAGGCAAAAGCAGUAAGGCUAAAAAGCUAUCAUGAGAAGUAUUUAUUAGCAGAAGAAGAUGAAGAAACAGUAAUUCAAGAUCGUGAUGGAGCUUCCAAAAAUGCAACUUGGACAGUUGAAUUUGUUGAAAAAAACAACACCAUUCGUCUCAAAAGUCGUUAUGGCAAGUACCUCACAGCUUCAAACCAGAGAUUUCUCUUAGGUAUGACAGGGAGGAAAGUUCUGCAAACUCUGCCACAGAGGCUUGAUUCUUCUGUAGAAUGGGAACCAAUUAGAGAAGGGAACCAAGUGAAGCUUAGGACAAAGUAUGGACAGUUCUUAAGGGCUAAUGAUAGUAUUCCACCUUGGAGAAACUCAGUGACACACAAUAUCCCACAUAGGACUUCUACUCAAGAUUGGAUUUUGUGGCAUGUUGAUGUUGUUGAAAUCUUGGUUCAUUCACCUGUUCCUAAGGAUCCUCCUCCUUUGGUUUAUCAUGAAGAUUCUGAAUCUAGUUCACCCUCAUAUACUGGUUACUCUGCAUCACCAGCAAGCUUACCAGCAAGCUUUUCUAGACAAGAGUCAGAUGAGUUUUUGGCUAGUUCAUUAAUGAAGUUUGGAUAUGGGAGGCUGAUUUAUUAUCACAUUGCUAAUGAAUAUGGAGAAAUCAAUGAGGGAGUUGAAGGGUUUUGCAUACCUUUUAAGGGAAAUAGUGUUGAGGAGCUGAAGAAGACAUUGGAAGAAGAAACCGGGCUCGAGGACAUCACUGUGUGUACAAAGAGUUCUUUGAAUGGGAAGCUUUACCCUCUUCAUUUGCAGCUUCCUCCCAACAAUGCAAAUAUGGAUGUUGUUGUUGUACCAUCCGGCUUCAUCUAAAGUACCUGGAGCUUUUGCAAAUGCAGCGAAUGUCGAUGUAUAGCAAUUUAGAUGGCACUAUAGUUCAAAUGGUGUUACAGAACAUCAUAUUUCUAUUAUUUCAGUCCAUGUAGUUGUGUUAUCUGCUGUCUCUGCGGCCGCCAAAAGCCUAUCUUCUCUCAGAUAUUGAGUAGGUUGAGAUCCGGAAGAACCCUCCAACAAGAAGAAUAGAAGUUGACCACAAGGCCAUCUCGGUAGUGGUCACUAUUCAGUCCUCAUAUUUAUAAGGCAUAUAUUGUUUUGUGAUGAGAGAUUAUAAAACAAAGGUAGUGGUCAGUACUAGUAUAGUUAGUUUGGUAUGUAUCUCAUUCUUUUAAUUUUUCCACCCUUCCCAAAGGGGUGACAUUGUUUCUUGAACUGAAUUUUGCAGCUAGAGUCUCCUAUUUGUUUGUUCCUUGGAUAUAAGUUUGAUUGUAAAUUCUUUAUCAUUGAGAUUGAAUUUAGCACUUCCUCUGGAUUGCCUUUA